AUGCGACGAGUACCCUACCCAGUCGCAAUCAUAACAGCAACCGACCCCUCUGGCCCGGCAGAUACAUCUUCUUUCCGCGGAAUGACCGUUUCGUCGUUCAGUACUGUCACGCUCACACCGCACCCUGUCAUCUCAUUUAAUGUGCGCCGGCCAUCAGAGACGCUAAACGCGCUGCUUGCUUCGGGUCGGUUCCUGGUUCACUUGCUAGCGCCUGGUCCUGCGACAGCGAUCCUAGCGAGAGAUUUCUCCAAGGGGAAUACCACGCUUGCGGCUAUGUUGAGUGGACAUGGGGAGUUUGAGUUUGCCGCUUUGGAUGCUGGUAGUGAGGGGCAUUCUCAGAGACCACUUCCCAUUCUUAGGCGGAAGGGUGAGGGCGACGUUGGGUCUUCGUCACUCAAUGCGGGUGUUGACUUCCCUUUCGUUUUUGAGUGUGAGCUACAUCCGAAUAAGAUUGAGGUUCAUGACCAUUCGAUUGUGUUGGGCACUAUUGUUCGGACAAUUGAGGGUUCGGAAUCUGUUUCUUUGGACUUGGAUGAACAUUCGCCAGGCCGGCUUUGUUUGACAUAUGCGAACACCAAGUUUUGGAAGAUGGGAAAUGAGGUUUGA